UUAGGGGGCGCUCGCGAGCCGCUGACUGAUGCAUUCAGGCCGCUCUAGAGAUACAAUCAGACCAGAUGGGAGGGGGAAGUGAGAAGGAAAAAGGAACUAGCUGAGCUGUCCUUUGUUUCUAGAUUUGCCGAAGACUACGGGGAAGAGACCGGCGCGAAUAUACACUGCUUUCUGAAAACGGAUACAGGACACUGUUUUUCUGCCUCUUACGUCUUCCGGCUCUGCUGAGAGAUGUCCACCCCUGACCCACCUAUGGGCGGGACCCCUCGGCCGGGCCCUUCCCCAGGCCCUGGGCCGUCUCCAGGGGCCAUGUUAGGGCCUAGUCCUGGACCCUCACCUGGCUCUGCCCAUGGCAUGAUGGGCCCUAGCCCUGGGCCCCCCUCCUCAGGACACCCACUACCUCCACAGGGCCCCUCAGGUUACCCCCAGGACAACAUGCACAUGCACAAGCCCAUGGAAGGCAUGCUCGAGAAAGGCAUUCCCGAAGAUCAACGCUACGGUCAAAUGAAGGGUAUGGGCAUGAGACAGGGUGGGCACAGUGGCAUGGGACCCCCACCCAGCCCUAUGGACCAACACUCUCAAGGUUACCCCUCUCCUCUGGGUGGAUCUGAACAUGCCCCCAGCCCGGUACCUUCUAACGGGCCUCCGUCUGGCCCCAUGAUGCCUUCUGGUCCUGGUGCCGUCCCCAUGGAGGGCGGUGACCUGCAGAACCGGAGCGGAGGUACAGGUGCUGUUGCAGGUUCGGGACCCAGCGGAGGACCUCCAAACGCAGGUGGGCCUGGUGGUGCCGGCGGACCCACUCCUUUCAACCAAAACCAGCUUCACCAGCUGCGGGCACAGAUCAUGGCCUAUAAGAUGCUGGCGCGUGGGCAGCCUCUACCUGACCACCUGCAGAUGGCCGUGCAGGGAAAGCGGCCCAUGCCAGGCAUGCAACAGGGGAUGCCCAACAUGCCCCCCGCUUCAGGACAAGGAGCAGGACCGCCUGGACCUGGGGGUCCCGGUCCUGGAGGACCCAACUACAAUCGACCACCUGGAAUGGUCGGUCCAAAUAUGCCUCCUCCAGGACCCUCUGGUGUUCCUCCAGGCCUGCAGGGACAACCCACCAAUGGACCACCUAAAGCUUGGCCUGAAGGGCCCAUGGUGAACGCUGCCGCCCCUGCAAGUGCCCCACAGAAGCUGAUACCUCCUCAGCCCACGGGCCGCCCUUCUCCAGCGCCACCUUCAGUUCCUCCCGCUGCCUCUCCCGUCAUGCCCCCUCAGACCCAGUCUCCAGGACAACCGGCCCAGCCGCCCAUGAUGUUGCAUCAGAAGCAGAACCGCAUCACACCCAUCCAGAAACCUCGGGGUCUGGACCCAGUGGAGAUCCUCCAGGAGAGAGAGUACAGGUUACAAGCUCGUAUUGCUCAUCGUAUUCAGGAACUGGAGAACCUUCCAGGCUCUCUGGCUGGAGACUUGAGGACCAAAGCCAACAUCGAGCUCAAGGCACUUAGGCUCCUGAACUUUCAGAGACAGCUCCGGCAGGAAGUCGUAGUGUGUAUGCGGCGUGAUACGGCUCUGGAGACUGCACUGAAUGGCAAGGCCUACAAACGCAGCAAGAGGCAGUCCCUGCGUGAAGCUCGUAUCACUGAGAAACUGGAGAAACAGCAGAAGAUUGAGCAGGAACGUAAGCGCCGACAGAAACAUCAGGAGUAUCUCAACAGCAUCCUGCAGCAUGCUAAAGACUUCAAGGAAUACCAUCGCUCCAUCACCGCAAAGAUGCAGAAGUUGACCAAAGCCGUAGCCACGUACCAUGCCAACACUGAGAGAGAGCAGAAGAAGGAGAAUGAGCGUAUCGAGAAGGAGAGAAUGAGAAGGCUGAUGGCUGAAGAUGAAGAGGGUUACAGGAAGCUGAUCGAUCAGAAGAAAGACAAACGUCUGGCUUACUUGCUGCAGCAGACGGACGAGUAUGUGGCCAACCUCACAGAGCUCGUCAGAGCUCACAAAGCUGUCCAGGCUCUCAAAGACAAGAAGAAGAAGAAGAAGAAAAAGAAGAAGCCAGAGAAUGCAGAGGGUGGAGUUCCUGCUCUGGGUCCAGAUGGAGAGCCUCUCGAUGAAACCAGUCAAAUGAGUGACUUACCGGUGAAGGUGAUUCACGUGGACAGUGGGAAGAUCCUCACUGGCAUGGAUGCUCCUAAAGCUGGACAACUGGAUACUUGGCUGGAGAUGAAUCCAGGGUACGAGGUUGCCCCGCGGUCAGAUAGUGAAGAUAGUGGCUCAGAGGACGAAGAGGAGGAUGAUGAUGAGCCUCAGUCCUCUCAGGCCCUAACAGAGGAGAAGAAGAUUAUUCCAGAUCCAGACAGUGAGGAUGUGUCUGAGGUGGACGCCCGUCACAUCAUUGAGCAUGCCAAGCAGGAUGUUGAUGAUGAAUACGGUAACGCAGCGUUCGCUCGCGGCCUGCAGUCUUACUACGCCGUGGCUCACGCCGUCACGGAGAAGGUGGACAGACAGUCGAGCCUGCUAGUCAACGGACAGCUCAAACAGUACCAGAUCAAAGGUCUAGAGUGGCUGGUGUCUCUGUAUAACAAUAACUUGAAUGGCAUUCUGGCUGAUGAAAUGGGUUUGGGAAAAACCAUCCAGACCAUCGCACUCAUCACCUACCUCAUGGAGUACAAACGCCUCAACGGACCCUUCCUUAUUAUCGUCCCCCUCUCGACUCUGUCGAACUGGGUGUACGAGUUUGAUAAGUGGGCUCCAUCUGUGGUGAAAGUAUCUUACAAGGGCUCUCCUGCUGCUCGCCGCGCAUUCGUUCCCAUUUUGCGCAGCGGCAAGUUCAACGUGCUGGUCACCACUUACGAGUACAUCAUCAAAGACAAGCAAGUGCUGGCCAAGCUCCGCUGGAAGUACAUGAUAGUGGACGAAGGUCACCGUAUGAAGAACCACCACUGUAAACUCACUCAGGUGUUGAACACACAUUACCUGGCGCCCCGGCGUCUGCUGCUCACCGGCACGCCACUGCAGAACAAGCUGCCCGAGCUGUGGGCACUGCUCAACUUCCUGCUGCCCACCAUCUUCAAGAGCUGCAGCACCUUCGAGCAGUGGUUCAACGCUCCGUUCGCCAUGACUGGAGAGAAGGUGGACCUGAAUGAAGAAGAGACCAUUCUGAUCAUCCGUCGUCUGCACAAAGUGCUCCGCCCCUUCCUGCUCAGGAGACUCAAAAAGGAAGUUGAGGCUCAACUGCCGGAGAAGGUGGAAUAUGUGAUCAAGUGCGACAUGUCGGCUCUACAGAGAGUGCUGUACAGACACAUGCAGGCUAAAGGAGUGCUGCUCACUGACGGCUCUGAAAAAGACAAGAAGGGUAAAGGAGGCACCAAGACUCUGAUGAACACUAUUAUGCAGUUGAGGAAGAUUUGUAACCACCCUUACAUGUUCCAGCACAUUGAGGAAUCUUUCUCUGAGCACUUGGGCUUCACUGGAGGCAUUGUUCAGGGACCUGAUUUGUACCGUGCCUCUGGUAAGUUUGAGCUGCUGGACCGUAUCCUGCCGAAGCUCCGCGCCACCAACCACAAAGUGCUUCUCUUCUGUCAGAUGACCUCGCUCAUGACCAUCAUGGAGGACUACUUCGCCUACCGCAACUUCAAAUACCUGCGCUUGGACGGAACCACUAAGGCUGAGGAUCGUGGCAUGCUGCUGAAGAACUUUAAUGAUCCAUCCUUUCAGUACUUCAUCUUCCUGCUGAGCACCAGAGCAGGAGGUCUGGGGCUGAACCUGCAGUCUGCUGAUACUGUUAUCAUCUUUGACAGCGACUGGAACCCUCACCAGGAUCUGCAGGCCCAGGAUCGUGCCCAUCGUAUUGGGCAGCAGAACGAGGUGCGUGUGCUGCGUCUGUGUACUGUGAACAGCGUGGAGGAGAAGAUCCUGGCCGCUGCCAAAUACAAACUGAACGUGGACCAAAAGGUCAUCCAGGCUGGUAUGUUCGACCAGAAAUCCUCCAGUCAUGAGCGCAAAGCUUUCCUGCAGGCCAUCCUGGAGCACGAAGAGCAGGAUGAGGAGGAAGAUGAAGUACCCGAUGACGAGACCGUUAAUCAGAUGAUUGCUAGAAGCGAGGAAGAGUUUGAUCACUUCAUGCGCAUGGAUCUCGACCGCCGUCGUGAAGAAGCUCGUAACCCGAAGCGCAGACCCCGGCUGAUGGAGGAGGAUGAGCUGCCCACCUGGAUCAUGAAGGACGACGCGGAGGUGGAGAGACUCACCUGCGAAGAAGAAGAGGAGAAGAUGUUCGGCCGCGGCUCCCGUCAGAGGAAGGAGGUGGACUACAGUGACUCCCUCACGGAGAAACAGUGGCUGAAGGCCAUCGAGGAAGGCACCCUUGAUGAGAUUGAGGAGGACGUGCGGCACAAGAAAACAACCCGGAAGAGGAAGCGUGACCGUGACCUCGACCUUCCAGGCCCGGCCACGCCCAGCUCCAGUGGGCGGAGCAGAGAUAAAGAUGAUGACAGUAAGAAGCAGAAGAAGCGCGGCCGUCCUCCUGCUGAAAAACUCUCUCCCAACCCUCCCACUCUCACCAAGAAGAUGAAGAAGGUUGUGGAUGCUGUAAUCAAAUACAAGGAUGGCAAUGGGAGACAACUGAGUGAGGUGUUUAUUCAGCUGCCGUCUCGUAAAGAGCUGCCAGAAUAUUAUGAACUCAUUCGCAAACCUGUGGACUUCAGGAAGAUCAAGGAGCGCAUCAGGAGCCACAAGUACCGAAGUCUGAACGACCUGGAGAAAGACGUCAUGCUGCUUUGUCAGAACGCUCAGACCUUCAACCUCGAGGGAUCACUGAUCUAUGAGGACUCUAUCGUGCUGCAGUCUGUGUUCACCAGUGUGCGGCAGAAGAUCGAGAAAGAGAAAGAGGAAGAGAGCGAAGGAGAAGAGAGCGAAGAGGAAGAGGAUGAGGCAGAUGAAGGAUCGGAGUCUGAAUCUCGCUCAGUGAAGGUGAAGAUAAAGCUGAGUCGAAAGGACAAGGUGGAGAGAGGGAAGGGAAGACGCCGGACUGGACGCAGCUCGCGCCCUAAACCUGUCGUUAGUGACGAUGACAGUGAGGAGGACCAGGAGGAGGAGCAUUCGGUUAGUGGCAGCGAGGAAGAUUAAACCUCCUUCAGGACCAAUUUACGUCUCUCUCUCUCACUUCUGCUACAGAUUUGACAGAUGCCCGCUCCUGAAGGGCCUAGUUUUACCCUUUUUAGAAAGAGGACACAGAUUAAAUGAGAAAAUGACACUAUAAAAUGCAGAAAAAGAAAGCCCUUCCAUUUGCAUAUUUAAGCAGACGAUAUCAAUUUGUGUAUAGCAAGACAGUUUAUGUAUUGAGCUUUUGUUUCUUUCCAUAUUUGUUUUUAUGAUUUUUCACAAGGAUGUGACAUAAGAUGGACAGACAUCUGACAGACUGACUCAGUGGACCAGUAAGAGUGGAUCAUGUUUCAAUGUCCUCUUGUUUUUAGCCAUGUGAACGUCACCCCUUCAUCCCCCCCAGACCCCAGAAUGCAUGUUGUUUGUGGAAAACGCAGCCAGUUAGUUCUCUUUCCGUUUUUCUCUUGAUGUCUCUGUUUAAAUUAAGAUUGCAAACAGGAUUAAGGUACUUCCUCCUUGUCAGGAGAAAUGGGGGAGAAUAGGGUGUAGGAUUCUGUACUGUGUCAGUGUCACUGGAUUUCCAAAAUGCACAAUAAAAGCAUCUCAGAAAUA